GAAAACAGAUUCUCUAUUGAAAAUGCAUUUUUCGAGUUCAAUAUUCAUUAUCUCUGAAUAUAGACCAUCUGUGGUAUAUUUGCUUUUACUGAUGGAUAGAUCUAUGUUUCUGGAAGCUUCAUUAGCAAAAUUUUUGUGAAAUUCGUUUUUAUAUUGAAUUUGUGCGUUUGUGAAUAUCAUGAAGUAUUGCCAAAAAGACAGACAACAUUUACUUUUGGAUUUAUGUGAUCCCAUUUCAAAAGGUAAGAAACAUAUUUUAGAAAUAUAACUCAUGUAUAAAAUACAUACUUAGUAUUUAAAAAUGAUUGUUGCACACCAUAAAGAAAAAAAAAAGUAAAUAAAAUGCUUCUUUUGUCUUAAAUUUGAAAAAAAAUAGCCUCGAUGCAAUUUUUGAAUUUGUGAUGUCGCCAAACAAUGUGUACAUUUUUUUUUAAAUAUUAUUUAUAUUUUGCAGAUUUUCGCUGUAAAACACUUAUUUUUGUAUUUCCAUCAUAAUAAUUUAUUAUUAUUUUUUUAUUUUUGGUUAUUUAAAAAAAAAAUAUUUAUAAAAUCUCGUUUUUUUUUAAACCAAUGAGAAUGGAGGUCGCCGGAACUAACUUCAUGACCUCCCUUUCAAUGUGCUUUUUUUAAAAAUCAUUCGCUCAGAAUAAUUCGAAGCGAUAGCAUCUAGCAAAGCAAUCUAAUUUGAGUAGAAAUAAAAUGUCUGAUGUUCAAAAUCGUCGUCACAAAUUAAAGACUGAAAAUCCAGAAAAGUAUGCGGAAUUGCUGGCAAAAGAAAGAGCAGCAUCACUAAAGUACCUGCACACAAAAAAAAAACAAUGGGAAGAAGGUAACCAUAGCCAGGCUGAAAUAGAAGAAUACAACGCUAAGAAAGAAAAAAAAAGACAAUAUAUCAGAGACUAUUAUUGGAAAAUUAAGACACAGAAGUCUCGCCAAACACGGAACAGUGCAGGUGCCACUCCCACCACUCCAAAAUCCGAUCAUGAAAAUAAGAGACCUAAGGAUAUGUCACCUAAUGAGUUAAGGAAGCAUCGAUCAAGCCAGAGAAAAGCCCAGAGAGCAGCUUUGAGCCAUCAAAAAAAAACUGCUAUAAGACUUAAAGAAAGAGAAAGGAAAAGAAAACUGCGUGAAGCAGCUAAGCUGGCUAGAAUUAGUAACAGUCCUGCUGGACUAUCUGAUAGAGUUGGACAUCUUAAACAAUCAGCUUACAACCUGAAUCAUGAAUUCAAAGCAAAGACCAAGAAACUUGCUAUGUCUCCUAUGGAAUAUGCCCAGACUGCCCUAAAUUUACUCAACCCUAGAACUCCAGAGAAAAAACAAGCUAUUAGGGAACUGCAAAGAAAACACCCCUGCCGAUCUCUUUUCAAUACUCAGGAGUCAGAUGAUCUGGACAUAGAAGAGGAACUUGGUAUUCAGCUGCGAGAUUCACUUUUGGAAGUACCUGAAGCAGAAGAAGAAAUUUCUAAGCCUGCUCACAAUAUGGUGCAGCUUUUCUACAUUCGUGAUGAUGUAUCCCGGAUGCUGCCACAUGCACGUUACUCGACAAAGCAUGGGGCUGCGAGAGUGAUGGUGCAAACUAUCAAAUCGGCUCAUCAACUGUACAAGAAGGAACACCCAUCUUUGCCUGUGAGCCUGACCCUUUUUCAAACUCUGCGACCAAAAAAUGUGAGGCUUUUGGGGUCUGUGCCAAUAGACAGUUGCCUUUGUGUGUACUGCACAAAUGUUCGUUUGAUGAUAAAUGCCUUAAAUAGGCAUUUAGGCUCAUCAGGUCAAUUACCUAAAGAAACUGAGAUGCUCAGGUUUAUGACCUGCCUUACAGAGAAGGAUUGGCCUGAUAUUAAAUGUAUCGAUGGAGCUUGUGUUGAGUGUGCCGACAAAAUGAGACCAUUCAAGAUCUUCUGUAGGGACAUAAUUAAAACACAAGGUGUCCGGUGGAAGAGAUGGGCCAAAUCAGAAGCUGGAAAACUGGAGCCCAUGGAAAAGGAAGGGUCCAUAAGGGACUUGCUUACAGAUCUUCAAAAAGCACUGGAGGAGCCUACAAAAGGCACAAGCUUUCUGCAGCAUCUAUUCACAGCAUUUUGGCAGUAUAGACAGUUUAAGAUUUGUAGAAGCAACCCUGAAGAAAAUGAGGUAGUAAUGGUUCAAGAUUUUGGAGAAAAUCGAAAAGCAGCCUAUGCGUCCGAAAUCAAGAGUGCACAUUUUGGGAAAACCCAAAUAACAGUGCACCCGGUGGUAUGUUUUUACCGUUGUGGUGAUCAAGUGGUCAGACACAGCAUCAUUUUUUUAAGUGAUGACAUCUGCCAUGAUCAUCAUGCGGUAAAAACAUUCACCAUGAGGACAUUAGAGCUGCUUAGAGAUAAAACCACAUUCUCCAAAAUCACCAUAUGGAGUGAUGGGGCAGCCAGCCAGUACAAGGGUAAGGGCACAUUCUGUGACCUUAGCAAUAUGCUAGGUCUUGAUGUGCAGAGGUGCUAUUACGGCUCCGAACAUGGCAAGGGUGAGGCGGAUGGUGAGACGGGGGUCUUGAGUCAAGCAAUAAAAAGAGCUGUCCAUGAAGGCAUCUCUUUCAGAGAUGCAAAGGACAUGGUUGACCACCUGUCUAAACUGAACUCAAACUCUCACAGGCAAUAUGUUCUGGUGAGUAACAUCGAGAGAGACAGUAAUGAUGAUGACUCACUUGCCAUCCCAGGUAGCCGUAAACUGCACCAGUACCAACGACUGGCUGCUUAUGUCCUAAGAGCCCGCCGGCUGUGUUGUUUUUGUUGUGCCUGCAGGCAGAACAAAUUCAACUUGUGCAUAAAUGCUGACAUUGUUGGGGAAUAUGAAAUUCACAAGUUGAAACCAAACGUGAAUGUCAUUCUCAACAAUGGCUUUUUAGAGGAUCCAGAUGUACAGAGGAAAAGUUCAGUUCCUGAGCCUGAAAGUUCUGUGCAUCAGCUAAAAGUGGGAGACUACGUCAAACUGCACUGCAGCAUAAAUAAAGUCAAGAAAAUUUUUUAUGCUGUUGUGAUUGUUGCUCCCGCUGAACAAAAUGCUGAUUUCAGUGUCAGGUUCUUAGAAAAAAGUGGGACAUCAUAUGUAUUUGGCGGCCAGAUGGAUGUUGGGCUAAUUGCACCUGGCCCCCCUGAUUUCUAUACAUGGGAAUUCAUUCCGCCAGAUAAGUACCGAUUAGAUAACCGGGGACAUCAUUUUUUUGGGAUAUAGUUAAUUUUUUUCCUCUGAAGGAUAAACACUAAAAUUGGGGUGGGGGGCGGAAAUCAAUUUUUAAAAUUUGAUAUUUGUUCUAGAGUUUUUUGGUAAAAGUAAAAAAAAACUAUUAGAAUCAAUUCAUUUGGUAACUAUUUGUCAAGUUUUAGGGAUGUGCUAAGUAGGUUUUUCAUGAAAAUUUAAAACUCCUUUGAAUAGUACUGUAUGAUUUUUCUUUUUUAAUUUCAUGUAUUAGGGUUAGGCAAUUUGUGAUUCUGUUGUGAAUACUGGUCCUAUGAUUUGCAUCUGAACAUCUGGGUCUUUAAAAAAGUGAUCAGCUGUGUAAGUUUCAUAAACCAAAAUAAAAAUUUAAAAGGUAAGUUUUCUUUUAUUUUGUACUAUUUAUGUAUAUAUCUUUAUACUUGUUUAAAAAAUGGGUAAGGAUUCUCGGCAGGUAAUCAUUAGACAUUUUAUAAUUUUUUUAUAAAAUUAAAAAAAAUAUAUAUUUUUAAUUCAUGUAUUUGUAUGCUUCACUUAUUGACACAUUUUUCUUUUUUAAUGUUUUUUUAAAUUUGUGAAAUACAUGGAUUUUCUGGGAUAACUUUGGUGAGUGAUGGAAUUUUCCUUCUGAGAGGUAAAUAUAUUUAAUUUGGUAAAACAUAUUUUUUUUAUAUUAAAUACUUAAGUCUGCUGCUAAUAAUUUUAUUUGUUUUGAAUUCCUCUAUUCCUGGGCAUUAAAAUCGAUGUAUAAUAUGUCAUAACUGUAACUGAUUUUGGUAAAUAAGCUUCUAUUGGUGAUUUAUGAGGGAGAAUUGUAAACUUUUUUUGGCGUUGGAUGGGGUCUUGGGUUCUUAAUUAUUAGGCAGUAUCCAUUAAAUAAUCAAUAAUUUUAUAUAUUUUUCAAAUCUUCUAUCAAAAUACAUUACUUUGUGACACAUUUUUCUAUUGCUAUUAAUGUAAAUUUGUGAAAUUCAUGGACUUCUGAAUACAUCUUCUGUGAGUGAUGGGUUUUUCAUAAUUAAGGGUAAGUGUACUUGACCUACUUUUUUAAUGUAAAAUACUUGUCUGCUGCUAAUAAUUUUAUUUUUUUUGAAUUCCUCUAUUCUUGGGCAUUAAAAUUGAUAUAUAAUAGGCCAAAUAUGUGGCUGUUUUUUUUUUUUAAGCAGAAAGAUAA